GCAACUAGCUCGGAGUGGCUGUAAUUAAAGAAUACAUAAAAUAGCAUGUCAUGGGACCUUUAAGAGAGCAAAUGGCACAUUUUAAGGAAGAGACUUGUCUUCAUAAUAGGAAGUAUUAACUUGGGUCCCUCUCUCUUGUCUACACCUACCGAAACAAACACACACACAUGUGCAUGUAGCUUCAGUCUGAGCUCCCCUAGCACACUGGCUGGAGGUCAUAUUUGGAUUGGACUUUAUCCUUUCAACAUUGGACAUCGGAGGAUGAAUAAAAACAGGACCUAUUAUUUCUCCGUCAGGAAUACAACUGAGAUAUUCACUGAUUCAGUUGACAGAUUGAACUGGACUACUGAAUAUGUCGGUACAGUUGAACCCUCCCCUUAUUACUUUGACUACAACGACUUUCUGGAAGAAAUAGUAACGUGCAACUACGGGCGGCCCGCAACCAUCUAUCUACCGGCUCUGUACUCUCUCCUGUUCAUCCUGGGCCUCUCAGGAAACGUCCUGGUGGUGUGGGUGAUCGUGGCUGGCAUGCGGCUCCGCAGCAUGACCGACGUCUGCCUUCUCAACCUGGCCAUCGCCGACCUUCUGUUACUCAGUUCCCUUCCCUUCCUGGCCCACCAAGCCAGAGACAACUGGAUCUUUGGGGACACCAUGUGCAAGGUGGUGUUGGGAACCUACCAUGUUGGUUACUACUCUGGCAUCUUUUUCAUCACCCUCAUGAGCGUCGACAGAUACCUUAUGAUAGUGCACGCCAUUUUUGCCAGAAAGAUGCGCACAAGGUCCUUUGGAGUAUUGGCGGCCGUGGUGACAUGGGUGGCUGGGCUGCUGGCCUCGUUCCCGGAGGUGGGCUUUCUACGAGCACAGCGGUAUAACAACACCGUGUUCUGUGCCCCUUCAUUUGAACAUACCUCCGAAGACGAUAGCAGCAACUGGUGGAUGGUUUUCGGCCUGUUAAAAAUGAACAUCCUGGGCUUGGCAAUUCCGUUGGUCUUCAUGACCUUCUGCUACAGCCAGAUCGUGCGGACGCUCCUGUCCAGCCAGAAGUCUAGGAAGCAGGCAAUUCGUAUGAUCGCGUUGGUGGUGUCUGUGUUCUUUUGCUGCUGGCUGCCCUUCAACGUCACGUGCUUCUUCCAUGCCUUAGAGCUGAUGGGCAGCUACUCAUCGUGCAACAGCAGCCGUCACAUACGGAUGGUGUUGCAGGUGACGGAGGUGAUUGCAUACGGCCACAGCUGCAUCAACCCCAUGCUCUAUGUGUUUGUCGGGAAAAGGUUCAGGACGCAGCUGCUCAAGCUGAUAGGCAGAUCCCCAUGUAUUCAAAGGCUCAGGGGCUUCAUGUCUUCAGAGAACUAGCCAUAAUGAGCCAAUAAUUGUGUGUUGUCCAACAGUUUUCAAUGCCAAGGACUACACUCAAAACAAAGGGGGAUGGAGCAUUUGCUGUCAGGGCCCCUUCCCUGUGGAACGGUCCUGAGGAAAUCAAGGUUGCAGAGUUCCCUGUUUAAUUACACAUUUAAAGGAGACAUAUUACGGUGUUUUCACAGCAAGUAAACAUAGUUUGAGUUCCAGAAACAUGUUUUUGAAGCUGUUUGCUGGAAAUAGCUUUUAGGAAAAUAAAUAUCGUCUACCGCUAUUCCCCUCUGUUUCAGUCCCUUCAGAACGCGCUGUUUCUGGUGUCUGUAGCGUUGAUGCAAAAGAGCUGCUGCCCAAUUAGCUGUCAGACUGAACCAUAGCAUGGAGAAGGGAUUGUUGCCGUUUGCUGACACCUGGAGCUCUAUAUCUAUUUAAUAUAA